GUUGCGGAAGUAGCCGUCGCUGCCUGCAGGGGGAUGAGAACUGCUUGGCCUCCACACGAAAGCGAAAACAGGUGGGAGCCCGGGGAUCUGAGGUCGGAGAGGGGAGAGAGAGCCUUCAGCAACGAUGGGAGCACUAAAGUCUACACCGGCUCCGAUUGAACACCAUGACCUGUCGGAGAAAACUGGCUUUUCACUUAGGCAGAUUAGAGUCCUCCACAAGAGGUUCAAACAGCUGAGUGAUGGAGAUGAUGUUUUAAGGAGGGAAGAUUUCCUGGGCAUCUCUUCUCUGAAAUACAAUCCCAUUCGCAAAGAGAUCAUAGAGGCUUUCUUUAACCGAAGAAACUUUUCCCCGAGUUGUGAGGGCAGGGCAAACGAGAUUGACUUUGAAGAAUUUCUGGUGGUCAUGUCUCAUUUCAAGCCCCCGUGUUCGAAAAUGACCGAUGAACAGCGUAAAAACAUCAGGAGGGAGAAACUUAAAUUUAUAUUCAACAUGCAUGACUCGGACGGCGAUGGAUUGAUAACGCUUGAGGAUUACAGACACUUGGUGGAGGAGUUGUUAUCUCGCAGCGGAGCACUGGGGAAAGAAACGUCCAGAGCCAUUGCUGAUGCAGCCAUGUUUGAAGUGGCCAGAACAGUUGGUCACAGGGACCCCGAUGAAUUUUAUGAGGGAAUCACCUUCGAGCAUUUUCUAAAGCUGCUGUCUAACUUUGAUAUCGAAUCAAGAAUGAACAUUCGCUUCUUAAAGACGGAUGUGAUCCCUGGCUGCAGGUUGGGCUGAAGUGUCCAGCUGUUUUAAGUAAGCUUUGAGAAUAGAAAGUUUGAUGCCUUAAACUGUUUGAUAUUAGUUUCUUGUUUUGCUCUGUAGCAACAUGCCUGCACUGACGAUACGCCUCAUGCAUGUUGGAACAACCAUGCAAACCGAACGACAAUUUUAAUUUAUUAGAAGACUUAAUUCUAAGCAAUAAGAUUGCACUACUGUAUGCCAGGACAGAGCAAUGAUAUUCAAACGUGGAUGACACUAUUUGUUGAUGUAAAUGGGAUUGAAUACGCAAAUUAUUUUCAUAAAUCUCACGUGAUAUUAUAGUUGUCUUGUAUGAUCACAGAAAAUAUUUAUUUCUUUACUACAGAAUGUGCAUGCCUGUUAUUGUUUGCGCAAAAAGGGGACGUUGAAGCACUUUAUUAUUUGCAUUUAUUUAAAAAGAGGUAAGAUUGUGGUUCCAGUAAAAUCUUUACAAUGCGCUUCAUGGGCAUGAAUGCUGUUUCAACUUUCGGCCGUAAAGCAAGCUUUUGAAUUGUCUUUUUUAGGUCAGAGUGAAUGUCACAACCAAACCAAGCCACCACAAAACACUGGGUUAAAGCCUUUAUGGCUUCAUGCCUCGAUUACACAACUCUUAUAGCUGUAGGUAUGGCUAAUGGCUUUUGACGUGGCUUGACUGCUGUUCUCCCCAGAAUGGGUCGUUUUCAGUUAUAGAUUUUUUUUUUUUUUUAGUUAAUAAAGUUGGACCACAACCAGUCAAGUCUGAAAAAGAAUUAAAAGCCAAAAACUGAUAUAACAUUCAUGCCAAUAAUGAAUGUAGGUUUGUGAAUGGAACUUUAUUAAAAUAAAUAUCCACUUUUAUUGUUAGCAGUGUUCAAGAAAUGGACUGAUAUUUAGAUAGACUACAUAUGUGAAUGCAGGGGCUUGAAUAUGUAAAGUUUUCUUUUUGUAAUGCCCCUUGAUCAAAGAUGCUAUGGUUUGCCUCAUGGCAAAAAUGUUUCUUGUCGUUUUCUUUCUAUUACAGAAAAUAUGUAUUUCUGGUUGUGAGCAGUAAGUGCCAGUUCCCUGCACUCUGUAGAUUAAAAAUAAAUAACAUUGAAACUGUUUAUCAUUUGCAUUUCUCUCAAAAGGAAAAAAGAAACUUGGG